UGGGGGGGAGGUAGGGGGAAAGACAGGGGAGGGUAAGAAAGGAAAGAAAAAGGAGAAAUCCAGCCAGGUGGGGAGGAAGGGUACAUUCCCCUCCCGCCCAUUGCAAGACGGAUAGGGCUGGGGAAAGGAGAAGGGGGAAGUUUUUGAUGCAAACUCUGCCGCUGAUAGAAAUGGAGGAAGGGAAUGGAAGCGGGCUGUAACGACAGAGCAGGCAGCAGGGUGGGGGGAGUAAUGUGCCAUGGGAAGGAAAUGGAGAGGCUGAGGAAGACGAUGGAUAAGGGAAGAUCAUUCCAUGGCACGACUGCUGGAGGGUAAAAUUGAGGCUCUGAGGGUGUGUGUAUCUGUACUUGCAACGGAGUGGGUGUGGUAUCUGCAGAAUGGAUGCAUGUGCGGAUGUAUUCUGUAUCUCCCCCCGCCCUUUUUUUUUCCCUGCAUGCAUCUUGCAUAGCCAUCCUUCGCAGAAAGGACUGCAGAGCCAGUAGUGAACAUUCUGGAACCUGGUUGGAAUGGAUGGGCUGUCCUUCCUGAUCAGCGCAGGAGUGAGGGCUUUUUUAAACAAGCCUUGCGGAAGUGGAGGGAGGUGCUGAAUGGAGACAAAACUGAGAUGGAAACAAACAAUUCUUGUGCCCUCUGGCACCUGUUUCCAAGCAAUGACCUCAAAGGCCAAGAAGCGGGUGGUUCUACCCACACGCCCUGAGCCCCCCAACGCAGAACAGAUUCUUGAAGAUGUCCAGCGUGCCCAGCCCAAUGACCCCGUUUUUGUCCUCCUGGUGGAGCCCAAUGAAGAUUUGCCCAUUCCAACGAAGAAUGAAGAUCCAGAGGCCAAGAGGGAACGCCUCUACCGGCUGACCCAGUCCUACGUGGAGAUGAACCACCGCCUCCAGAAGGCCUGCAGUUUGCUCAAGGAGAAGUGUGAAGAGCUGAAACUGGCUGGGGCAACUCUGGAGCAGGGCAUCUUAGAGAUGAAGCAAAGGGCUUUGUGAGAUACGUUUUUGGAAGUGACCACAGCAAAGUUGACCCACGUCCCCUGCAGGAUCGUGCCACGCUUGAACUAAAGACUUGCGAUUGUGAUGUGAUUUCAGCAUGCCUACGCUACACAUCUUAAACACCGUCUGUGUUUUAGGUUCUGUGAAUGUGUGUCAAAAAACCAGUUGCCCGCUACAAGCCUCCUGAGGGCCCGAAUCUCUUCGCUGUGCUCACUCUGAGAUGCCCGGUUGUGCAGUUAGCCUUAUUUUUAUUUUUUUGGCCCCCAAUUCACUGUUGCUCUUAGUUCUGCAGAGCUCCAUUGGUCCUUGUUCCGUUUUCUUCAUACAGACGUUUAGAACAAAACACCUCUCUUUGGGGAAAGUCAACGGGUAGUUUCCGCAGAGUUCACAUACUGAGAUAGGCUGGGACAAGUGGACUUUGUGGGUGGGGGUGGGGGGUGAGAAAAUCACCACUUGCCCCCAAGGGCAGUUGCUCUAGUUUUACGCCAUGACAUCUCCUUCAUUCCAAUAUGAUUUCUCCCUCUGGUAUUGCCUGGAUGACGAUCCCAUUGCCACUGCCAUCAGUGAGAUGCUGGCUGAGCAAGGCUUCCAUGGCUACGUUGAGCAUCAGGACCACGUGGCUGGGGAGCCAGUUUUGGCCUCCGUGAACGAGAUCAUUCAAAGCAGUCGGUUUGCCAUCAUCCUCUUGACCCCCCAUUCAGUGACUGACCCUUGGUGCCAGCGCAUCUUGGAGUGGAACCUUGUCCAUUCCGUACACCAGAAGGGGGCGAAAGUCAUCCCGGUUUAUGUGGACAUCACCCAGGAACAAAUGCCCCCGACUUUGAGACACCUGACCGGACUCAAAUACAGCGGGAGAUUCUUUAGGCGGCGGCUGCUUGCCAGCUUGGAGAAGACCAGGCCCAGGGCCAGGACACCAUGCUCCUCCAGCACAACGGGCUAAAAGCAACGUUAGCUUCUGAUGGACUUGAGAAGUAGACUGGGGGGCGGGGGCAGGAGAUGGCCGAGGCAGCUUGGUCAUUACAUUUGGACCAUCACCAGAAGUGUAUCCGAUUCAUUUUGGUGUUUGACAUAGGCCCCAUUGUGUUGUGGGUGAUAAACAUACAUGGAUCCCCGUAGUAGUAGUAGCACCUAGAGCUGAUCUGUCAGAAGGUCUUUAAAACAAACCUUUCGUUGUUUGGGAAGAGAGGAAGGGGAGGGGAGGGGGACAUUGUUCACCGUUUGUCUGGUACUAAGGGGUGAGGGUUGGUAUUGAAAGUAAAGCCAGGUUCCUAAGACUGCUGGUUGUGAUACUAGACUUAAUUUAAGGAGCUCUUAUUAAAAAGCAGUUUUUGGACAACUU